AUGAAAUUCUCAAACGUUCUUAUUGCUGCUGCUGCCUACAUUGUUGCAUCCAAUGCUGCUGCUAUUCCAGCUGCUCCCGAAACUAGCAAAACCCUCGUGGCCGCUAGAAAUUUGGAUUUGAAUACUGAAGUAGACGCUAAACUUGUUGCACGUCAGGAUGCUGCAGAUGAUUCAGUAAAUACUAUUGUCAAAAGGGGUACUGAAGACCUCUUGAGCAAAGUUCCACUUGGCACCAUUAUCAAGGCUGUCGACUUGGUUCUUGCUGGUACAAUCAGUGACGUUGACUCAUUGUUAUCCUUCCUCGGUAUUACUGUUGCGGAUGCUGGUGCAUUGGGUCUCAGUACCGUUGACGGUCUUGGCGCUUUGGUCAGUCAAUUAGUUGGCUUAAUUGGUCAAACUGUUGACGGUCUUUUAAGUAAGAGAGAUGUAGAAAGCAUCUUGAAGAAAAUUCCCCUUGGUGCAUUAUCUGAGGCUGUUGGUUUGGUUGUUACUGGUACCAUUGGCACUGUUAAUGAUUUAUUGACCUUUUUGGAUCUUACUCUUGAUGAUGUUGCAGAGUUGGGUCUCAGUACUGCUGAUGGCGCAGGUUCUUUGGUGAGCCUGUUGGUUGGAUUGAUUGGUCAAACUGUUGAUGGUCUUUUGAGUAAGAGAGGUUUAGAAGACCUCUUGAGUAAAGUUCCACUUGGCACCAUUAUCAAAGCUGUCGACUUGGUUCUUGCUGGUACAAUCAGCGAUGUUGACUCAUUGUUAUCCUUCCUCGGUAUUACUGUUGCGGAUGCUGGUGCAUUGGGUCUCAGUACCGUUGACGGUCUUGGUGCUUUGGUAAGUCAAUUGGUUGGUUUAAUUGGUAAGACUGCUGACGGUCUUUUGAGUAAGAGAGGUUUGGAAGACCUCUUGAGCAAAGUUCCACUUGGCACCAUUAUCAAGGCUGUCGACUUGGUUCUUGCUGGUACAAUCAGCGAUGUUGACUCAUUGUUAUCCUUCCUCGGUAUUACUGUUGCGGAUGCUGGUGCAUUGGGUCUCAGUACCGUUGACGGUCUUGGUGCUUUGGUAAGUCAAUUGGUUGGCUUAAUUGGUAAUGCUGUCGAUGGUUUACUCUAA